GCUCUCACCUUGCUAGCAAGUCCAUUCCUUCCCUGGGAUCCCAGCAUCUCUACUGAAGACCAGUUGAGACCUCCUGCCUUGUGAACUGAGUGGAUUGUGGAUUUGCAAAUUUUCCAACCAUUGUAAUAACUGAACUGCAGCUUGUAAACUUGAUCUAGGACCCAAAUCCAUGCCAGCCCAGGCUGACAAAAUGAACAUGUCUUUGGAAGACAUCAUUAAGCUGAACAAGAUCCAGAAAAGAAAUCACAACAAGCAUGAUCCCCGAGUGAAUCAAGGCACUGGGCCUAAGAGGUACAGGCCCUCCAUCACCCAUAGUGGCAGCAGGAACAGGCUGGCACCAUACCGCAGACCAAAACAAUUUCCAGACAAGUGGCAGCCUGACCAAUUCAUUGGCUGCUUCAGGGCUGGAAACCACAUGGAUACUGGUGGGAAGCUGUUCCUGUCAAACCUGCACUUCAGAGUGUCAGAUGCUGAUAUUCAGAAACUCUUUGCUGAAUUUGGACCGUUGAAAAAAUCUGCAGUGCACUAUGAUCGCUCUGGACAAAGUUUAGGGACAGCACAUGUGCACUUUGAAAGGAAGGCAGAUGCCCUGAAGGCUAUGAGACUGUACAAUGGUGCCUCUUUGGAUGGCCGCCCUAUGAACAUCCAGCUUGUCACCUCACAGACUGAUACACAACGAAGACCUGCACAAAGCAGAAACAGGGAUGCCAAGACAAGAAACCCUGGCUCUGCUGGGUUUGGUGGUGGAUGGUGGAUUCAUCUUUUGAUUCUUUUUGUUUCAUUUCUUAUUUUCUCCUGUUUGAAAACUCAUGUAAAGCUCUUUCUUUUUCUCUUUCUCUCUCUUUUCUUUCCUUUUUUAAAAAAUUCUGAAACAGACUUGUUUUAUACUGAGUUACCUUGGGGGUAAAUUAUAAUGCUUGC